AUACACUGCAAUAAAGCACAUAGAUCCAGUUACAUUCUCUUCUCAUCUUCUUCAAUUCACAUUCAAUGGCUUCCAAAUUGUUGCUCAUCAUUGUCUUCGUUUUUGACGUGAUUGCUUUUGGUCUUGCCGUUGCUGCUGAACAAAGAAGAAGCACUGCUAAGAUUGUUCCAGACAAGGAACAAAACUAUAACUAUUGCGUCUAUGACUCGGAUAGAGCAACCGGCUAUGGUGUUGUAGCAUUUCUAUUCCUUAUGAUUAGUCAAAUCGUCAUAAUGGUCGUGAGUCGAUGCUUCUGUUGUGGGAAGCCUUUAAAGCCCGGAGGCUCAAGGGCCUGUGCAAUUGUUCUUUUCAUAGUCUGCUGGGUGUUUUUCAUCAUAGCGGAGGUGUGUUUGUUGGCUGGAUCAGUUGAAAAUGCUUAUCACACAAAGUACAGAACCCUCUUUGUGAGUGAUCCUCCUUCUUGUGAAACAGUAAGGAAGGGAGUUUUUGCUGCUGGUGCUGCUUUCGUUUUCUUCACUUCCAUCGUUUCGAAAUUCUACUAUAUCAACUACUCGAGUGCAAGGGAAAGUUUCCAACCAUAUCUUGGAGGAGGUGAGACUGGUGUUGGCAUGGGAACCUACAAAUGAGCUUGUUAGUUAAUCAUUUCACAGAAACCUCAUUGCCUUAGAUGUGACUAUAUCUGGAACUCAUUGCAUUUCUUGUAUUUACAAUGUAGUUCCAAUAGUAGAAUGUAUAAGCUGUAUGUUAGUAAUUUUUGUUGUUGCUGUUGUUGUUACCUAUUGUGUUUGGAAUUGAUGAUGAUUGGAUUCAUUACCUCUUACAUUUUUGGGUGUUCUUUGUCAUAUAAAUAUCAUUAAAUCAAUAUCAAUGAGAGAAUGUUUUGUUGCAUCA